AAUUAGCGGUUGUCUCUGCCGGUUGUGGGCGAACGGAACACAAAGAGAAGAAGUCGCCAAUAUGAGUUGCUAGCUUCCGCACUGCUGUCAUAACACUACUGCUGUCGACUAUAUAGAGUGGACGUGCGGCGCCGGAGGUUUUUCGCAGCUGCAGUCACAGAGAUGAAUACCCUACUGGGCGAACUAGCGACCCUGAACGACGUGCAAUACCAGCGGUAUCGAGUGGCCUUCAAGUUCAGGAAGCUGCAGAAGAAUCUAUUCCUUGAGUAUGGAACGGUGGUGAUGCUGAGUGAGGUACUGCACCUCACGGGGCUUCAAUCAUUACAUCACGGUGACGUCGUCCCUCUUUCACAACUGUCGUCGGCACUCACUGAGUUGUACGGAGCAAUCAGGACGGCCCGACCCGUAUUGAAACCGGGACAGCUGCAAAAUGCCCAGGAUUGCGCCUUCAACUGGUUCCAGAUGGCAUAUAGGACG